UUUAAUUCAAAGUCAAGUUUUAAAGGAGUCACAUCUCCGAACAGAGGAGCGGAAGACACACACUCUUGCAGCCGAAAAACAGCUCCUAUUCUCGGAUACAAACCCCCCAGAGGAGCCCGGUCCAGGUUUGACUUGCAGAUUCAGCAUGGCAGCCUACGACAUUUUGAGAAGUAAUAAGACAUCCAUUGUGGAAACUUUGGGUGCAGACCACACGCUAAUCCUCAUCAAAGCUUAUGAAAAGAAGUUGAUGACUGCACGUGAGUACAACAAACUGAGAAGCAUCGACAAACUAGAUGCAGAGGGCCAGGUUGGGUGGUUGGUGAAUACGAUCAUGAACAAAGGAGAGCCGGCCUGCCAAUUCUUCCUGAACCUCCUGCAAACUGAUGAGGAGAUCCAGGAGACUUACCCUGAGCUGGAGAACAUACUGGAGAACACCGAUAAUCAGCCAGAAAGCGGAGAGGAGGACCAGCAGUACGAGUGGAAGAGCCAGCCCACCGGCCUCUGCCUGAUCAUAAACAACAAACAUUUUGUUGGUGGUAACGUGAGAUAUGGAACCGAUAAAGAUGCUGAAAGCUUGGCAGAGGUGUUCAGCUGGCUGGGGUUCAGAGUGCUGAUGUGUAAAGACCAAACCAAGGACCAGAUGGAGCGAACGCUGAAAUGCUUUGCUUCUCAGUGCGACCUUUCUCAGCUGCAGGAGUUCAAGGUCCAGGUCCAGGAGUGGACUGGAAGCAGAUUCACCGAUCUUCGAGAGGCUCCUCAGCAUGGCGAUGCCUUCAUCUGCUGUCUUCUCAGUCACGGAGACAAGGGUGUUGUAUCGGGGACUGAUUGGAAGUCCCUCCCUAUCAAACAAAUAACGAGAACCUUCAUGGCAACUCCUCAAUCUCCCCUCACUGCCAAGCCCAAAGUGUUCCUGAUCCAGGCCUGCCAGGGGCGGCAGAUACAUCCUAUGGUGGUAUCAGAUGAUCUGCAGGCUGAUGACUCUGACUCGACACAGCAGGCUGAUGGCUCUCCCUCGAAAUUCAUCCCUCAGGAAGCAGAUUUUCUAGUUCAUUGUUCCACUGUUGAAGAUUAUUUUUCUAUAAGAAACCAAGAGGUGGGGAGCUGGUUCAUCCAAUCUGUCUGUAACCAGCUAAUAAAGGGCUGUCAGAGGAAUGAAGAAAUUGAAGUCAUACUCCGCCGCGUGAACAAGGAAGUAGCCAGGAAAGACAGUGAUUUGAGAUGUGAUCCGGAGUCUGGUACGAGCUGUGGUCCAACAACGCAGAUGCCUGCAAUUUGGCACACCCUGAGGAAGCGUCUUGUGUUGACUCCUCGCAACUGAAGCCUCAUCGCCAAACACACAAUACUCACUGACUGAGGGCACCUGGCCGCCGGCACCUGAGGAGUGAAAGGCCCGAGCCAGAGUCUCUCUCUCUGCUGAGGAUCUGUUUGGAGAGCAGCUAUCUGAUUCAUGCUUUGGUUUACCUUCAUCUUAGUUUGGCACACACACACACACACACACACACACACACACACACACACACACACACACACACACACACACACACACA